AUGGCCAUAAAAGACAAACAGAACAAAGCCAGCCUGCUGGUGGUUGAAGAUGAGGAAAGCCUGCGGGAAGCGCUGAAAUUAAACCUCGAAAUUGAAGGAUAUGAGGUGACUACCGCCGAUAAAGGACCGGAGGUAUUAAAAUUGGUAAAGAGUGAGUUCUUUGAUCUGAUCAUCCUGGACAUCAUGUUGCCGGAAAUGGACGGUCUUACCAUCUGCGAAACCAUCCGCAUGCAACACAAUCAUGUGCCGAUCCUCUUUCUCUCUGCCCGUAACAGCGGUGCCGACCGCGUAGCGGGUUUAAAGAAGGGCGGAGAUGAUUAUAUGACCAAACCCUUUAACCUUGAAGAACUAUUAUUGCGGGUAGAUAAGCUCAUCUCCAAGAACCGGAAAAUACGGGAGCCACAGACCCCGGGACAUCACCUUUUAUAUAUCAAUGCCCCCGGCGAUCCUAUGGAUAUACUGGGGCCGCUGCCCGAUGGGGUUACCUGCGCUUAUGAGGCAGACGGGGUUUAUAAUGUGAUCCUGCUAUUUGCCCGGAAUACAACAGAAUUAUAUAAUAACCUGGCUGCCAUUGACGCGAACAAGACAGAUACAACCUUGCUGUGGGUACUCUUUCCCAGGAAAACCAGCGGCCUCCCUACCGACCUGGAAGCCAUGAGCUCCUGGCAGGGCUUGACGCAAUAUGGAUUACGGAUAGUAGCAUCUGCCGGCAUCAAUGAUACCUGGACAGCAGUAAGGCUUCGGGAAAUAGCAUUGACCAGGCCUUCCGGGACAAGCCUGGACGCUAUUGCUCAAAACAGUUAUGGCAAUUAUAUUGAUGUUGCAGCGCGCACCGUAACCAUGCCGGAUGAUAUGAAGGCAGCCGUGGCUAUGAGUGAGGAGGCAAUGUUGUUCUUUGAUCAACUAUCUUUUUCAAACAAGAAAGAAUAUGUACUGUGGGUGCUUACGGCCAAACAGGAAAAAACGAGGAGCAACCGCAUCGCGCAAUCGGUAACAAAGCUGGCUGCCGGUAAGAAGAACCCAUCGUUACUUUCUGCUAAGCUGAACCAUUAUGCUGAAAGCAUGACCACGCCGGAAUCUCCGGUGCUGGCCCGGCUCAACCGGGAAACCAAUAUGAAGGUAGAAAUGCCCAUCAUGCUGAGCGGACAUUUACAGGGUAGCCUGUUGAGUAUGAUGAGUAAAAUGAUGCGGCCCCGGCGGAUACUGGAGAUCGGUACCUAUACCGGUUACUCAGCAAUCUGCCUGGCGCAGGGAUUGACCGGGGAUGGACAUUUACACACGAUAGAUAUUAACGAGGAACUUUCAGAUAUGUGCCACCGAUACUGGGAGGAAGCAGGCGUUGCCGGGCAGAUCACCCAGCACAUUGGCCGGGGCGACAACGUCAUUCCGGCGCUGGACGAAACCUUUGACCUAGUGUUUAUAGAUGCGGAUAAGGUAGGGUACAGCAAGUAUUAUGACCUUGUAUUUGAUAAGGUGCCGGUAGGUGGUUAUAUCAUGGCCGAUAAUGUAUUGUUUGAUGGAGAGGUGGUCUUGCCAUUUGAAGAGCAAAGCAAGAAUGCCAAAGCCAUUCACACCUUUAAUGAAAAGAUAAAAGCGGAUACCCGCGUAGAGAAAGUAUUGAUGCCGGUAAGAGACGGCAUCCUGAUCAUCCGCAAACUCACUAACUGA